AUGGUGUGCUGGCCUGCAUCCUACUCGCAGACGGAAUGGUUCUCUCCAUUGGAUGCUACGUCAGACACAAUGCCUGCUCGGGCCCCCAACCUCUCGCGGGCUCUUCGCUGGAUUAGCCGUGUGCGAUGCGAAUACCCCUCUGACCGCAAGAUAUACCCGGCGUUCUGGUGUGAUUUGGCAGAAUCUUCCUCUCAACGUACGAUACGCUCUUGCUCCAGCCGCGGCGUGAUGCUGGUUGAACCCGAUCAACAUCUGAACAGCCACGGGGGAGAGGCGCCCAAGCUUCGGGCCGCUUGUGAGAACUGCCGGCAAUCCAAGGUGAAAUGCAAUUUAGGUGCGAAGAAUACUUGCAUCCGUUGCCUUCGCCACGGAUUGACAUGUCGAUACCGAGUUGCCAAUCGGUCGGGAAAGCCGAAGGGGAGUAAAAACCGAGCUACGUUGAGGAAACUGGGCCAGCUCCCCGAGGGAAAACCCGCGUUACGUGGAUCGGAGGAUGGGUCGACAGACAAGGGUCUCCCAGUCAUUGAACAGCGAUAUGUGAGCUAUGGGGUGGGCGGCCACAUGGAACCCAAGAAGCGAGAUACCUCCAGCCAAGAGAGUCCAUCCGAGAGCCCACGAAGCCACGAUGCCAAUCCAAGCUUCCACUCGUGUAUACCGCUGAACGAGUCCACGGCCAUGGAAUACACUUCAUCGUAUGGAGACUCGCUGCCCUCGGCCGACCUGAUGAAUACUCAAACCUCUAUGUCGCCGACAUUUCUGCAAAAGGAAUUCAUCACCAAGGGCCUGACGAGUUUCCCUCUCGCAGUGCACAUUCCCAGCGCCUUGCAGCUGACAUGCGACUGCGGAGAGGCGCUGGGGUUCCAUACGAACCAGCUACGACACAUGACCGCUGACCCGGUCCAUCUACGAUUCGACCAGAGCCUACAGGCGAUCCAGGCGGCGUUGUCGGUGGGUCGAAUCUUCCUGCAGUGUACGGGCUGCCACAAGGACAACCCGAGCCUGCUCCUCUCGGUGUCGGUGCUGGACCUGACCCUGCAGCUGUUCGAGUACUGGAUGUCCUACGAGUUCGCGGCGGGCGUGGAACGUCUCGUCUGGCCCGGGCCGGUUGGGUACGGCGAAUACGAGAUGUGCCCUGAGGAGACGCGGCGGGUGCAACGGUUCCUGCUCCAGGGACGUCUGCGGCAGGCACAGGAGGUGUUGGGGCUGCUGAAGGAGACGGUUGAGCUGUCGGGAAGUGGGGGCAUUGAUGGGGGAUGGCUACGGCAAUUGAUUGAGGGGUAUGAGACAUCCAUGGAGGCAUUUUUGCAGUCCUUGGGGGGUUGUAUUUGUUCGAACCCUUAG